AGAAUAUUGAGUAAAUAGACAAUCGUCUUGCCAUACAUCAAUGUAAAAAGCGCCGUUCGACAAACACAAGUGCUGCGUUCACUGCCCUAAUGAGUGUUUAGAAAAAGCAGGACGAACGAGAGAAGAGAGGAGGCUGGGAUUUCUUUUAAAACACUCCCUUCACCGUCCAACCUCCCCUAUUUUAAUGAUUGGUGCACUUGUUCCUCCGAAGACAUCUUCACUAUUUUUUCCUUUCAGUUUAGUUGGAUCUGUAAAGAGACUUAUUAUCUUUACCUUCCCCUGAAAGUAAACAGAAAGUUGGGUUUCGCCUUUGACGCGUCCUCCUCCUACUACAGGUUUUUCCUACCUCCAGCUUAACUGUGGAAACAUUGUGAAGACAGAAGAAAAAGAAAACUUUCUCAUGAGAAGGCUCUGCAGAGAGUUUCUGUCCCUCACCUUCUAAUGGCUGGACAGGCAGUUUUCCUCCCCAAACAUCCAACUCAUCACCAGCUUAAUCUUCACACAGACCAGCAAGCGUGAGACCCAGCGAGGUGCAGAUGGAUGAGACUGAAGGCCAGCGGGUGAAGUCUUUCGCUGAUGAAUCUGCGUUAUUGGCCGAGCCAAUCAACCCAGAAGACUCCCAUUAUGCCGAGCUGCAAGCUGAUCUGGAGAGCGACUCCCGCGGUCUGGAGGCGGAGUCCUGGAGCUCGGCUGUGGACCAGAACUACCUGAUGUCUCUGAACAAAGAGGCUGUUAAAAGGCAGGAUGUCAUCUAUGAGUUGAUCCAGACUGAGAUGAACCAUGUGCGAACCUUGAAAAUCCUUCUCCACAUCUACAUGUACGAGCUGAAGCAGUUCCACGUUAUCGUCUGGCUGGAGAAGCUCUUCCCCGGCCUGGAGGUUCUGCUCAGCCUCCACCAUUUCUUCCUCAACUCCCUCAAAUCCCGACAAUUUGAGAGUGCGGAUGAGGACAAUCGAAAUAACUACUGCAUCACAAAGCUGGCGGAUAUCCUCAUCAAUCAGUUUUCAGGUAGUCUGGGAAAACAGAUGACGGAGGGUUAUGGCUACUUUUGCAGCCAUCACAGCGAAGCUGUCAACUUCUACAAGAAGCAAAUGCAGAACAACAAGAAGCUGCAAAUUUUGAUAAGAAAAAUUGAUCAGCUGCCUCUGGUGCGAAGAUUAACGAUUCCUGAAUGUUUCUUGCUGGUGACUCAACGCAUCACAAAAUAUCCGGUUCUGUUGGAGAGAAUCAUCCAGAAUACAGAUGCUGAUACAGAAGAGCACAGGCAGCUGGAGAAAGCUCUGGAGCUGAUCAAGCACACCAUCUCCCAGGUGAACACCAAGGUUAGUGAAUGUGAGAAGACCGCUCGCGUCAGAGAGAUCAUCCAUCGACUGGAGCAAAAGUCUCAGGUCAAGCUGAAAGAUGGCCGCUGGUUCCGUAGAGAGGACCUGCUGCAGGGCAACAAAACGCUGCUGCAUGAAGGACCCCUUAUCUGGAAGUCGUCCGGUAAACAAAAAGAAAUCCAUGCUGUGCUGCUGUCAGAUAUGCUCCUUCUGCUACAAGAAAAAGAUCAGAAGCUUGUAUUUGCUGCCAUGGAUAGCAAACCGCCAGUGAUCUACCUGCAGAGAGUGAUUGUCAGGGAAGUGGCCCAGGAGGAAAGAGGCAUGUAUGUCAUCUGUACGUGGCCCUCCGGCUCGCCAGAAAUGUACGAGCUCUACACAAGCUCCAAAGAGGAGUGCAAAACCUGGAUGGACCUCAUACGUGACGUUGUAGAAAGUUACAGAGACAAUGAAGUGCACAGAGAAAUGAUCACUAAACUGCACAUGUAUCAAGAUAAGCUGCAGAAAAGAGACGAGCUGAUAAAGAAAAGUCUGGAGAAGAAACAGGAUAUUUUUGCUGAACUUUAUCAUGAUGUGGUGGGUCAGAAAACCCCUCACGGUGGGCUACUGCUGCGAGGUGAUGCUUCUGACCUCCAGCAGGGGGAGGCCUUGGUGAGUGGGGCCAUUGAAGAGGUGGAAAAGUUGCAGAACCUUGUCUUUAUGACGAUUAAGCAUCCAGACACUCCUGAGGGGGAAACUGAGACACAGCAAAGUGUCAGGAAGGCAGAAACCUUUAAAGGCUCUCUGGAUAAUCUGGUAGCUAAAAGCAUGAAAUACGAAGAUGCAGCUGAGAAGGCGCAACGCAGGUAUAGCAGCUGUGACCAUCUUCUCAAGAACAUGUCGAUCUCUGAAGACCUGGAGAAGUCUACUGAUGACGAUGAAAGUGGAUCCCACCCAAAGCUGCUCUGUGGUUCAGCCUGCGGUGGUUUCCCUGAGACAGCGGUGCUUGAUAGCCUUUGGUCGCUGGCGCAGAAGCUCUACAGCUUACAGGCCGUCAUCGCCCAGCAGGACAGCAGGAUCGAACUGCAGAAGCUCUUCGAGUCAAAGAGCAAGCUGCCCGUCCGCAGCAACACCGACACGCUGCUUGAGAAGGAGAAAGAGCGCAACUUGGAGAAGCAGAAAGAGGAGCUGGCUAAGCUGCACAAGCAGCAGAUCCAGCAUCAAGCGGAGCAGCAGCGCUGGGAGAAAGAGAGAGAGAAGCAGCAGGUGUUGAUUGACAGUCAGAACGCCGAGCUGCAGCAGCGGGAAGAGGAGUGCAGGAAGACGGAGGAGAAACUAAAAGAAAAAGAGCUGGAGCUGAGGCAGAUUCGGGAGACGUACCAACAGGACCUGGAGAGACUGAGGGAGACCACACAGAAACUGGAGUGGGACCGGGAGGUGGUUAAUCGGGACAAGGAACGUUUGGAAAAGAUGAAGGCAAAGCUUGUCAACCAUUAUGACGAUCCGACACGGACUCCGGCACUCUCCACUUUCUCAUCAUUCAGGAGCAGCAUAGUAAACGGAGCAGGGACUCUGACCCCAGUUCCCAGUGCGCUGGUCUUUACUGGUAACUCUCCUGACCCGGCAGAAACUCCUCCUCGGGUUCCGCCCCGGAGCACCAGCAUCAGAAUGAGCAGACAGAUGCUGCCUUUUCAGUUGAUGAGCACCACCAACCAGGUGCAGAAACCUAUGGAGGUGCAGCAGAAGAUUCCCAGGAAGCUGGCGGCCGAAUCCAAAGGGAAGGAGAAAAUCAAGUCAAAGCAUUCUCAUAAAAGAGCUCACAGUGCAGCCAAUAUAGACGUAACCCAGGUGGUCCCGAUCCGGGUGACGGGGAAAAACGGAGGGAGUCUAAAAGCCCAAAUAAGCACAAGUCCAAAAAGAGUCUUAAGUUCAGAUACCUUCAGGCCACCAGCAUCUGGCCCAAACGUGAAGCCGUCUCAGUCGUUCAUCACCCCGAAGUGGAACAACGUCAGUUCUCAUCCGCCGCCGUCGCCUCCUCCCUUCCCGACAGAACAAGAUAAUGUUAUUGUUCUUUAACGGAGGAGUUUGGAUGUGAGCAGCAGGAAGACAUCUUUAAUCCAGAUGAGAAAUCCUCCAAGAGUUGCACAUUUGCCAAAAAAAAAACAAAUCAAAAAGUUUGGUCUUUUGUAAUUAUGAAAAAAUAUAUAUUUUAAAUAAUAAUUUUAAUACACAAAGACUCUGAUCCAAAGAUUAGUUUUAUUUUUUAUUAAACUAUUAAGCACUCGGCUCUUAAGCUUUAACUUUAACAGCAGUAAUAAUGUGUGUACAACUUUGGUUUGACAAGUUUAUGUCUGUAAAUAUAAAGAUCUUCAGGUUUCUGCUUCUCAGCUUGUGUACGAAUCGGUCCGGCUUUUUAUUGAAAAUGAACAAUCCAUGUAAAUGGCAGCAGUUUGUGCAGACUGAGUUUUCACACAGUAUUGACAAAUAUUUAAAGUUUUAGACAAAUGCGUUUGAGUUCAUAACAAUUCUGCCUCUGACAGUCUGUUCAUGUUUUGGUAUCGCGAAACAUCAUGUUGUUCCUGGUUGAAACUCUGUAAACAUGAACUGGUUUUGUGUAAAACUUGCCAAACUUCAACUGAACGGCAUGCAAUUAAAACAUUUUAAAUGAA